CCGGAAGUUGGCCUUCGUUUGACCAAUAAACAAAGUAUUUGCUUAUAAGUAAACACACAAUUUAGAUUUCAUACUGUUUGGAUAUUUCGGAAUUUAAUAAUCUAGAAAACUUUCUAGGCAAACAAAAAAUGUAGGUCUAAUUCUGAAAGCGCCGUGUUAACAUGUUUUACUCAAAUUGCUGUUCUGGCUAUCACAUCCAAAAUGGACAAUUAUGACAGUUACGCAGCUCUGAAGCAAUAGACAACGACAGGAAAUAACAAGAUAACGCCCGGGAAAACGUUAAUCGCCGAGAGGGAGCGAGAUGAGCAAAGAUGAGGAAACAUUUCCUUCGUCUUUAGCUCUCCGAAUUCUAAAGUCAGAUUCUGACGAUACGACAGACGACGACUCAAACUCUGCCUUACCUGCAGACGUCAACCACCAGGAUGGGAAUGGUCUUACUCUUCUCAUGAAAGCUUGUAUCCAAGGAAAGGAAAAUGUCAUUGUGAGUCUUUUAGGGGCUCAAGCCGACAUCAACCAGACAGAUCACUACGGCAAAACUGCUUUGAUUCACGCGGCAAAAGUAGGUGGCGCUAAAGCUCUUCAGCUGUUGAUAAAGAAUGGCGCUGAUAUAGAGUGCUUCGACAGCACCGGAAACUCUGCACUGAUCUACGCCAUUAAAGACAACAGAAAGUCGGUUAUCGAUGUACUUUUGCAGGCAGGCGUUGACGUGAAUGCCUCGAAUUACGGUACCCCGACUCCUUUAAUAGAAGCCGUGGAAAGAGGAGCUGUAGAUUUAGCUUUAGAGCUGCUAGAAGCCGGUGCCUUGGUGAAUUUAUCCGACAAGGAAGGAAUCACCGCUCUGCACGUCGCGGCGCGGAACAAACACCCAGAAAUGUUGAAUGCUCUUAUUCAACACAGCGCCAAUGUCAAUGCAAGAACAAGAAAUCGUGGCAUCACCCCGCUCGCGUCAUGCCUUAUGCUCGGGCUUGACCUGCGUGAGGAUGAUGCCGAAAGGACAAAGAAGUGCGUAGACGUUCUGGUCGAUGCUGGGGCAGACAUUGACCUAAGUAAGAUCAAAUCAAGCAUUCUGUCCUUCUCCGUGCUACUUGGUAGAGAGAGUCUUGUUGAACACCUCUUCAAACGCGGGCUCAGCAUCGACAUUCCGCUUGACGAAGCAGAUUCCGUCUUACUCAAGGUAGUAACAAGGGGCUCAGCCGCAGCCGUGAGAUACCUCCUGCGCCAAGGGGCGACAAUAACCACGGAGCUCCACCAAGCAGUUAUUCUAGGUAGAGCGGAAAUGGUUCAGCUUUUGAUCCAACAUGGCGCCAUGCCUACGCCAAAACCCAUUUCCGCUUUGAAAGUCAACUCCAACGUCAAGCUUCUCUCCCCUUUGGCGUUGGCGUUUUUGUUUAAUCGAGCCGCCAUCGCUCGCUACUUUAUGUACAACAAAUUCAUGUUGAACUAUGACCUCCAUACGCUGCCCAUCAACUCUGACAUCAUACAGAAGUUAUUUUUACCUCCAACCAAAGAGACUUUCCCUAUAGUGGAACUCUUCAAACAAGUAUUUUCUCAGCCAUGGCGCCUAUGCAAUAUGGCCUUCCUAGCCUUGUCUACUUCCAUCGGCGUGGAGGUAGAUCGUGCUAAGAAAGUCAGUGCCACGGGACUACCCGAUUUCCUUCAGCAGAAACUGAUGUUUAAACAUUCGAAUGUGGACAUUCCCGUUGACCAGUGGGACAAUAUUCAGAUAAAUAUGUAAAUCAUUUUUUUUUUCUUUUAUUCAAAAACUUGAAAUGACUUAUUCAGAAGUUAUAUUAUCUAAGUCAGUUGGGUCUGUCUCCUGAUAAUCAAUAAACAAUGAACCUGGGUAAUUGUCUUUUGAUGUUAUCGCAUUUUGUCGUGGGCCUAGAGUCUUCCAUACACUGUACACUUUCCAGUAUUUAUUAGGCCUAAGUGUUAGUAUAAGAAAGAAUUAUGAGAUCAAUGUCUAGCCGAGGACGCUCAGAGAUUCUUUGAAAUGAUUAAACAUAAAGUGUUAAGUGUUCAAGUAAAUCAAGUGGAAACCCCCCCCCCCCAUUCUCCUCUAGAAAAACUUAAUGAUAUUUUGAUGACACGCAACCACUAAUGGUGCAUAUGCAAUUGCGCAUAACUUUAUAGGUUUGCAUAAUGCAGUGAUGCUAAAAAUACGGCCCGCCGAAACGCCAGCACAAAGUGUAGAAAAUCUCCCCUUCAUAUAAAAAAAAAGGUUGAAAAAUGUAUCUUUUUCUACGCUAGGGCCCUCACUAUUAUCUUCUUAUCUUAUAUAAUAGAGACCUUACUUCCAGGGGCGGACUGGAUGUCAAAAUCGGCCCAGGCAUUUCUAUACAGUAGAUUUCGUAAAUCGUAUAUCAUAUGAUGGGCCUCCAAUUAUAGGCCUAUCUGUUCUCAAAAUCAUUAUAUUUUUUUUAAUGACGUAUCGAUAACUGUAUGCAUGCUCUAUAAUACUCUAUAUCUUUAAAAGAAAUAUCGGACUUAUGUUGCUUUUGAAUCGCUAUGUUUGUUGGCCCUAACGGAUGAAGCCUACUAAUAGCACUGUCUAAGGAUGGAGGCUAUUACAUUAUUUUUGAAAAUGUGUGAGAUUAAAUUAGUAUUACACUGUAGUCUGUAAAAGAUGUAUUUAACUUGACGCUCAUAUAGCCCCUUAUAUAAGAGAAUAUUAUAAAACCUUUAACAAUUUUAUGCGUGCCAAAGUGGUACCAUGAGACCCUUUAGGCCCAUUUGAAUACCGGCCCACCGGGCAUUUGCACAAAUGCCCAUAUAGCCAGUCCGCCCCUGCUUACUUCAAAAAAGAAGAUGAUUACGUCAUACUCGUCAUGCAUUUAGUCAUGCAUAUUAACCAAUGACCUAAAUUCUGCCAAGUCACUGGCUUUCCUGUCUAGCUCAGGCAACCCAUUCCAUGCUCUAAUAGCGCUAGGGAAGAAGGAGCAUUUGUACAAAUUCGUCCUAGCAUAUGGAACGAGGAAUGUGCCUUUAUCUUUGUGUCUUUCAGAGUAUUUUAUUAAAUUUAGUUUUUUUUGUAUUUAAAGAUUAUGGUUCAGUGUUUUAUGUUUAAUUGCUACUUUACUUUAAAGUCUUCUAUCCUGAAGGCUUUCUAAAUUUAGUGAUUUUACUAAAGGUGUUACUCUAUUAGCCUUUAACAUUUGUCCGUAAAUGAAAUGGGACUCUGAAUGUAGAAUCUACCAGGAAAAGUGAACGAAUCUUACACUUUUUGUGUGUGUGGGAAACAUGAUAAUAAGCCAACAUUUUUGAUGAAAGUGUGGCUGUUAAAAACAACAACAUAUAUAACGGCGUUAUGAAACAAAUAUGACGGUAUUCUUGGUUUGAGCCGCGAAUCAAAGAUUGUUAAACUACGUCGAGAAACGUAAAGCUACAAUGUUGCUCACAUUUUAAGUAGAGAAAUGAAACGACUUUCCGACGCGUCGAAAAAGAUAAACUUCCAAUGUCUCAUGUCUGUAACGGAUGCAUGUGUAGUCAGAUGUAGCUGAAGUAUUUCUAAAGAUGAUUAUGUAGACUAAGUGCGUGCGUACCUUGUUUGAUGUAUUUUCAAUCGCGAGUUCUUGCAGGAACACAGACUCAUUGACCAAGUUGACUCAAGGUGAACUUCAAACAAACGUUUAUUACAGAAUGGGCCACAGUCUAGUCUGUCACUAUAGAACGAUGUUAUCCCCUUGAGAAUCUAGCGGUAACUGAUUAA